UUUCCGACACCUACUUAUCCUCGAGCCAAGUGAUUAGGAAAUUGUCGCAAGUAGUGGAGUUAAUUGUCGUUGACGAUCGCCCAAAGCCCUUGAGAAAUGCCACACUGUCUCAUGAAGUCGAUCGUGAGGUCCAGGAGACCUCGGAGAGACAUUAAAGAAUACAGAGGACCCAGUAAUCCCUCCGGGGCUUCCAGAGGACGAGGAAGGGACAGGGGAGACUCCAAAAGUGAUGAUAGAGCAUUAAAUCCUACUGAAUACAACGGAUUGUCUAUCAUAACGAGGUAUAAUUUCACAAAAACUCACUCGAUGGCCACCGGACUGGGAUUAGACUUUGUUGGAGUGGAAGGGAGACCUCGGGAGGAUUUUCCCCCUGGUAGCCAAGGGGCUGUGCCACCUGGGGACCAGGUAAUGUUUGAUAGGAGUGUUGGGGGACUCGAGCAAGUCCAGAGGAGGCCUCAAGUCAUCGUUUGGGGGCAGAGGCCGGACUCAGAGAUUAGGGAGCGCGUUGGAGGGUCACAGGAAAUUGUGGAGGGGUUCAAAGUGCCUCAGGCACAGAGAGUACAGAAUCCUCAAUCUUGGAAAAAGACAAAAGUUCUACAUUUUUGUCCGUAUUGUCAUAAAAGUUUUGAUCGCCCUUGGGUGCUGAAGGGACACCUGAGGCUUCACACGGGGGAAAGACCAUUCGAGUGUCCGGUGUGCAAUAAAUCAUUUGCUGACAGAUCAAAUUUACGAGCUCAUCAGAGGACGCGAAACCACCACGAGUGGCAAUGGCGGUGCGAAGUUUGCUUCAAAGCGUUUUCCCAGAGAAGAUACUUGGAGCGUCAUUGCCCAGAGGCAUGUCGUAAAUACAGACUAUCACAGAAGAGAGAAUAAAGUGUAGAGAUAAGGAAUAAGUUUUUUGAAUAAAGGAUUUUAUGUUGAGUAUAUUUCUCUACCGAAGCUCAAUCAAAUUUUAUCGUUGAAAAAAUGAUGAACAUUCCGCCAAAUCACGAGAUGAGAAAUUUUUUUUAAAUAAUUAAAAACUUUGGGGAACUCAAUUCUUUCUAAUACGCCAAUUGUUUUGAGAUGAAUCCAGUGACGUGAACGAAGUAAAUUGAUAUCUUAAAAAAUAACGGGAUUUCUCUCUGGUAUGCGUUGAGUUGUAGAGGAUACGAGGAUUAUCCUAAACUAAUUCACCACUUCCAAAGCGUCGUGUGGUCUCUUGAUA